AGUCAUUAAAUAUCAUCCUCAGUCUUGUAAUCCUGUAUCUGGUGAAUCCCAAUCUGAAGUGUUAUGCACAUUUGUACAUCUAUACAAUGAAAUGAAAGAUGUUAUAUCAUUCAAAUCCUUUCUAAGUAUGUCACAAUUAUAUGACAUGUAUGAAAACAAGGAAUCUUGGUUAAGCUUCUUACUAGUUAUAGAGAUACUUGUAAACAGUGGCCUACUUUGCUGGAAUGUCAUAGAAAGCAGUUUGUUGAAGUGGUUUGAAAGUGUAGAGAGUAUCAACCAUGAUGUAUCAACUAGCACUGUGGAAUUGAUGGGAAGGUUGUAUACUGACGAUUGCAAUGACUUGGAAGAAGAUGAUUUUGUUGACAUUAUAGCUAUUCUUGUACAAAAGUGUUCUGACCAUGUCAAUGAAACUAUUCUACCAGGCUGUUUUAGUGAUAUCAUUGUUUUAUGACUUGUAUGUCUACAGGGGGUGGACCUGGGGGUUUUGUGUCAUUUUACUCAAAACUGUCUGGGAAUGGCUCUCUCCUAACUUUAGAUAAUUACUGAUUUAGAUUUUGUGUUUUUAACAUGCAUAACUGCCAGAUCAGUUGGAAAUCAUGUUUUUCUAGUCUAAACACUGCCUUGUCAUAAAUUACACUGCCAUAUUUGAGUGGAAUAUUUUGUUGUACUUGAGUAAUUGUUUUAAUCAUGUUGUAAUUUUCACAAGAUCUAGAUUAAGAUUGGAUUUAAGUUUAUUUUCAUUAAUUUUAGGAUUAUCAUUACCUAUAUUUAAUAAAAAGUAUGAUGAUAGAUGAGUGAAUGAUUUAUGUUCAUUCAGGGAACAGCAAUAAUAUGUAAGUUAUUGGGAGUAGUUAUACAGGUUUGUUAAGUACCACAAUACAUGGGACA